AUGAUGCAGUCGUUCCUCAACGUCGCCGACGCGGAGCGCAUCAAGAACAACGCCGUCAAGACGUGGGUCAGGCAGCUGCGCGACCUGGCCUACGACACCGAAGAUUGCAUCGAGCUGGUGGUCCACCUGGAUCCCAAGCCCAGAUGGUGGCGCCGCCUGCUGGUCCUGCCUUGCCUGCCGGCGGUGUCCCUGCCCAUGGAUGACGCGGCGGCGGAGAUAAAGGAGCUCAAGGGCAGGGUGGAGUUCGUGAGCCAGAGGAACAUGCGUUACAACCUCAUCACCGACUUCGGCGGCGCCAGGUCCGUCGUGCAGCAGCAGCUUGACCGGGCCGCAGGCACGGCCGCGGCGCUCGACAUCGCCGUGGAGGCGGCGGCGAACAAAGGGCGUAGCUUGGUGGAUCUGACCGAGUUGAUCCCCAAAAUGGAAGACCGGCCUGAGCUCGGCGUGAUCUCGGUGUGGGGGACAGGCGGGGACCUCGGGGUGGCGUCCAUCGUCAGGAAGGCCUACGACGACCCUGAAAUUUGCAAGAACUUCCAUAGUCGUGGCUGGGCCAAGUUGACCCACCCUUUCAAUCCGUGGAAGAUCCUUCGAAGCUUGCUCAUUCAGUUCUGCACAAACACCGCUGCUCCUCAAAAACAGAGAGAAACUCUAGAUGUAUUGCUGAGGAUAGAGAAGACGACGGUGGAAGAAGGCGAGCUAGUCAAUCAGUUUGUGACUCAUGUGAACACUCACAGGUUCCUUGUCGUCCUGGAAGGCUUGUCAACCAUGGCGGAAUGGGAUGCCCUCCGGAUUUUCCUGCCAGACAUUGGUAAUGGGAGCCAGAUCAUUGUAUCCACGCAGCAUUUCGACAUCGCGAGCUUGUGUACCGGGCAGCUGCACAAAGUUUCAGAGUUGAGAAAAUUCACUCAUGACCACUCUGUCUGUGUCUUCUUCAAGGAGGUUUCAGGAGGUGAUGAACCUGGAAAUGCAAUGCUGGAGGUUGAUGACCAAACAGAACUUAUCGGGCGUGACACAGAACAGGUGGAGCUUAUCGGUCAGAUUGAUGAGGCUUCCCGUGUGAUCUCCGUAUGGGGGAUCGCUGGUGUGGGGAAAUCGGCACUUGUCUGA